UCUCUCUCUCUCUCUCUCUCUCUCUCUCUCAGAUCCUAAACGACGACCUCCAAAAACCCUUUUGGUUUUUACCCUCUAAUUCCAUCUCUAGCCUCUUCAAUCUACUUUCUUAAUUUCUUUAAUAUAUUUACACAGAUUUGUCUCCUUGUGAGUCCUUCGGGAAAUAGGAUAUUAUGAGCUGUAAUAAGCUCCUGAUAUUCGACUGUAUACCCGCUUAAUUGUCUUCUUCUGCCAAUUGGGGUUUCCAUUCUUACAUGGCGAAGAGGGUCUACGAAGUCUGGAAAGGAAGAAAUAAAUUCUUUCUUGGAGGGAGGUUGAUUUUUGGUCCAGAUGCCAGGUCACUACCUGCUACAGUAUUGCUGAUUAUUGUCCCAGUUAUAACUUUUUGUAUAUUUGUUGGAAGACAUCUUCGCCAUCAGUUUCCAUCAUACAAUGCAGGAUCCACAAUCAUUGUUGCAGCAAUCCUUUUCACCAUCUUUGUAUUGGCCCUUCUCCUUCUUACAUCAGCCCGGGACCCAGGAAUCGUCCCCCGCAACUCACAUCCACCAGAAGAAGAAUUACGUUAUGACAACUCAGCAGCACACGAAAUAGGUGGAAGACAAACACCCAGUUUACAAUUCCCUCGAACCAAAGAAGUUAUGGUCAACGGGAUUUCUGUUAGGGUCAAAUACUGUGACACUUGCAUGCUUUACCGGCCCCCACGCUGCUCCCACUGUUCCGUUUGUAACAAUUGUGUCGAACGCUUUGACCAUCACUGCCCUUGGGUCGGUCAAUGCAUCGGAAUGAGGAAUUAUCGGUUCUUUUUUUUAUUUGUCUCGUCUGCAACGAUUCUUUGCGUAUACGUAUUUGCCAUGUCAGCGUAUUACAUGAAGGUUUUAAUGGAUGAUUACCAGAGUACUGUUUGGAGGGCAAUGAAAGAGUCUCCCGCAUCUGUAGCUCUCAUGGCGUAUUGUUUUAUUUCACUGUGGUUUGUUGGUGGGCUCACUGGGUUCCAUCUCUACCUUAUAAGUUCAAAUCAGACGACAUAUGAAAACUUCCGGUAUAGAGCGGACAACAGGUACAAUGUUUAUAACCGGGGAUGCGUAAACAACUUUCUAGAAGUUUUCUGCACGAAAAUAAAACCCUCCCGGAACAAGUUCCGGGCGGUGGUGCAAGAAGAAGUGCAGCGGCCGCCACCUCCGGCCACCACCCGGGAGGUCGCUGGAGAGGAGCCAGGGCCGGAGGAGCGGCGGAUGAAAGUGGAGGAUGAUCUUGAUAUCGGAGGAGAUUUAUUAAAGAUUUCUCAACGCCAUAACAUUGAAGAUAUUGAAUCAGCAGAUAUAAGAAAAGUUGAAAUGGAGAGGCGUGGGCGUGCUUCUUCUUUGCCACCUGGAACUGGAAGACAUUCGAGUUGGGAUUUGUCACCGGAAGUUGUUGCCAUGAAUUCAAAGGAACGCCACCAAUGA